CGACUCGAGGCGCUUCCUGGUUUGUUUACAUGGUCGAGUUAAACUGAGUCGGGUCGUAGUUUUGGUAGUUUUAGUGUUUUAAGAGGAUGGCAGAUCAGAAAGCGCAGAAUAUCAGCUCGAUUCCCAUCGACGGAUUCAGCAAAUUAAGAAUAACGUCGAUAUGGACGUUUCUCAUGUCUGUGCAGUGGUCGGAGCCGUGGCUCAUCGGGCUGGUUGUGUUUCACGUCGUGUGUUUGUUCGUGACUGCGGUGACCUGCAGAUAUUAUAGAGCGCAGAUUUGUCACUUCCUCCUGCUCGUCUGCCUGGUUUACAGCGCCGAAUAUCUAAAUGAGCUGGCUGCCAUGAACUGGAGGUCCUUCUCAGACUUCCAGUAUUUUGAUUCCACGGGCAUGUUCAUAUCGCUGGUCUACUCUAUUCCUCUCCUCCUCAAUGCUGUUAUAAUUGUGAUGGUGUGGGUGUACAGGACCUUUUCUACGAUGGCUGAAUUGAAGACACUUCAGCUGAAGAAGAAAGCUCGCAGAGAGAAGAGGGAGAAGAGCGACUGACGCCUCUCUUUAUUUCUUCACUUCAUGUGGAGGAUUUUGGGGGCAGAUUUCUUCAUGUGACUCAGAACUUUUUUCAUCAGGAGUGGAAUUUAUUAUUCGUAGUAUUAUUCUUUGUAAUGACAGGUGGCAAGGUGGUUCUGACUGUAUUGAACAUUAUGAGGACCAAAGGACUUUUACCAUUAUGUUAUUCAUGAUUCAGUGUGGGUCAAGCAUAUAAAAGAAAAACCUUUUUUUGAAUUA